UCCUCCGGUCCCUUCGAAGUCGUCCGUAGCCGCAUGGUGACGUCACGGCGCUGACGGUCGGCGCUCGCGGCUGGGUGCAGCCUGGACCAAGCCAGGAAGCGGGCGCGGCGCGUGCGUCUAACCCCUCCGCUCCUCGCGCGCGGGAUUAACUGGAAGGAAACAAUAAAUAAAAAAAUAAAAAAAGGGGGGCGCGAGGGAAACUGGAGAUUGCGCGAGGACGUGCACGCGGCUGUUUGUUUGCCUUGUGACGUCGGCGCGCAGGGGAAUGGAGUAGCUGUCACGGCCGCGUUGCAGGAGGAGGAUGGAUGCGGACUGAGCCAGCGGUGGCCUCCUUCUUAACAGCAACAUCUGGCCGGGUCAGAGAGGGCGCCUGCAGCAGCCAGCCGGACCUUUAGACGCCGAGGAGGACAUGGAGGAAGGCAACGCAGAAGGGGAAGGGCCCGCGGUGGUCAGAGAAGGGCCAAGUGUUCAAGGCCUCCAGUCGGAGCCCAGCGCCGCCGCCACCACCACCAUCAACCUCCUGGCUUCUGUGAAGGAGCAGGAGCUCCAGUUUGAGCGACUGACCCGGGAGCUGGAGGAGGAGCGGCAGAUUGUGGCGAGCCAGCUGGAGAAGUGCAUGCUGGGAGCUGAGUCGCCAGCGGGAGAUAGCAGCAGCUCUUCUGAGAAGUCGUAUGCAUGGAGAUCUGCAGGUGGCGAGUCUCAGGGUGUGGCCGCAGAGGGACCAGGUCGCCACCUUGAGGCGGAGGAGGGACUCUACCUGCCUGAAGGGGACCGCGCCUCCUUACAUGACAGUGAGGGUUCGGGAGGCCACUCGGCCCACAUGACCUCGUAUUCAGACAGCGGGUACCAAGACAGCAGCGUCAGCUACUACAGCAACCAGAACGUGGUCCGCUCGGAGCCUCGAGCCUCGCUCUCAAGAAGCCCCAGAGCAGAGGGCCAAGCCUCCGGGCAGGCAUCCAGUCGGAUGUUAAGGAGAAUGGCUUCCCUGCCCUCAAGGAGCCAGUCGCCCGGCUGCGGCACCACCGGAACGGUCUCCCCCUCCCGCAUCUCAAUGCGAACAUCCCAGGGCAGUACGUACGACUCGCCCAUCCUGUCUGAGCCCAAACCCCUCGCUGCCGUCUUCCCCGGCACCACCAUGCCGCCGGCCUGCACCUCUCCGACCUCCCCCAGCGACGCCACCCAAGCCCUGGGGAAUGGAGGGGGAGUCGGGGUUGGGGGGCGACUGGGCUCUACCCUGUCGUUGAUUGAGGGGAGGGCUUUGACGGGGUCUCCGCUGCGUUCAGGGAUGACGGCGAUGCCUCAGCACUACGGCUCCACGCUGCCCAGGCAGAGUCAGUCAUUGGCCUACGGUGCUGAUCCAUACGGCCUCUACCAGAGAAGCGCUCUGCCACGCCCAGACAGCCUCAUAGGGCUGCACAGCUCAUACGCUGGUCACGGGAUGCAGAUGGACCCAGAGCUGAGGGCCGCCCUGUCACCAGACUGCCAGAUGACGCCUGUUUUUGAUGACCGCUCCUUCCAAAGCCCCCUGUACCACAGCCCCACCCACGACCCCCACUACAGAGCAAACACAGGUAUGGGGACCCUUCCCCGGACCACAAGCCAUUGCGGCACGCUGCCGUACCAAAGAAACAGCUACGGGCUGAGCUCAGCUGCUGCGUACGUCGACUCCAUCAGGGUGUCCACCGAGCCUGCGUACUCCCACCGGCACUCGGCGCUGGUGGACCGGGUCAUCACUCGCACGCCAUCAAUCGAAAGCAUCCACAAGGACCCCAGGGAGUUUGCGUGGCGCGACCCGGAGCUGCCGGAGGUCAUCCACAUGCUGCAGCAUCACUUCCCCUCCGUCCAGGCCAACGCCGCCGCCUACCUGCAGCACCUGUGCUACGGAGACAACAGGGUCAAGGUGGAGGUGUGCCACCUGGGAGGGAUCCAGCACCUGGUGGACCUGCUGGAUCAUAAGGCGCCCGAGGUCCAGAAGAGCGCCUGCGGAGCUCUGAGGAACCUGGUGUACGGCAAAGCCACCGACAACAACAAGGUGGCGCUGAGGAACUGCGGCGGCGUUCCCGCUCUGCUGCGCCUCCUCAGGAAAACCACCGACAACGAAGUUCGCGAGCUGGUCACCGGCGUCCUGUGGAACCUCUCCUCGUGCGACGCGGCGAAGAUGACCAUCAUCCGCGACGCCCUGUCUACGCUGACCAACACGGUCGUCAUCCCGCACUCUGGCUGGAGCACCGCCUCGCACCGCGACGAGCACAAGGUCAAGUUCCAGUCCUCCAUGCUGCUGCGCAACACCACCGGCUGUCUGAGGAACCUGAGCUCGGCUGGAGAGGAGGCGAGGAGUCAGCUGCGCUGCUGCGAAGGCCUCGUCGACUCGCUGCUGCACAUCCUGAAGGCCUGCGUCAACACCUCCGACUACGACAGCAAGAUUGUGGAGAACAGCGUCUGCACCCUGAGGAACCUCUCGUACCGCCUGGAGGUGGAGAUGCCCUCCUCCUGUCUCCUGGUCAGCCAGGAGCUGGACACCCUGCUGGGUUUCUCCUCGCCGGUGAAGGAUCUGGACUACCUGUGCUGGGGGAAGAGAAGGAGAGGCAGGAAGAGGAGCGGCUGGCCCGAAGGCAAGUGGGACGGCGUCGGGCCCAUCCCCGGUUUCUCCCAGUCUCUGAGGGGAGCGGAGCUGCUGUGGCACCCCAUGGUGGUGAAGCCGUACCUCAACCUGCUGGCUGAGAGCUCCAACCCGGCAACGCUGGAGGGCGCCGCCGGCUCCCUGCAGAACCUCUCCGCCGGAAACUGCAAGUUUUCCGCCUACAUCCGAGCAGCUGUGCGUAAAGAGAAAGGUUUGCCCAUCCUGGUGGAGCUGCUGAGGAUGGACAACGACCGGGUGGUGUGCUCCGUCGCCACCGCACUCAGAAACAUGGCUCUGGACGGCCGCAACAAGGAGCUGAUAGGAAAGUACGCCAUGCGGGACCUGGUGAACCGGCUGCCGGGCAGCACUCCCUCCGUGCUGUCCGACGACACGGUGGCAUCGGUCUGCUGCACGCUGCAUGAGGUCACCAGCCGCAACAUGGAGAACGCCAAGGCUCUGGCCGACAGCGGAGGGAUCGAGAAGCUGGUGGACAUCAGCAAAGGACGAGGGAAAGGGUACUCAAUGAAAGUAGUUAAGGCUGCCGCUCAGGUGUUGAAUACUCUGUGGCAGUACAGAGAGCUGAGGAGUCUCUAUAAACAGGAUGGUUGGAACUACACUCACUUUGUCACGCCAGUGUCCACCUUGGAGCGAGACCGCUACCGAUCCCAACCAACCCUACCCACCAGCCCUCUGCAGAUGUCCCCUGUCAUUCAGUCCGGUGGCAGUGCAACGUCCUCGCCCGCCAUGCUUGGGAUAAGAAGACACAGCUCAAACUACCAGAGGGCACAGUCAUCUAUGCAACUCGACACAUAUUACGGAGACAGUUUACACAAACGGCAGUACACAGGGUCAGACAAGAAAACUCCCUAUUUCAUUGGGACAUACUCCUCCCAGUCAGGAGAGGAUAUAAGAAGGUCACAGCAGCCGGAGCCGUUCUACGACGAACCCGACAGGAAGAACUACAACAGCUACAGAAUGUACCUGUCGUCGCCUCAAGGCUACGGCGAGGAGCGCUACGAGGACGACGCGGUCCACCUGCCGUCCUCGCCCGACGGCUACGCCACCCAGUCGCUCCGGUUCAAAGCCAACACCAACUACGUGGACUUCUACUCCACCACGCGGAGGCCUUCGAACAGGGCGAACAAGUUCACCGGAUCCCCCGACUCCUGGGUGUAGGCCCGGAGGAACUCACGCCGUGUGCGUCCUGCUUUACCGUGCGUCUCUGUGGGUCUUUGUGUGCGUGGGGAGUGCGCCGUGCUGCUCGUGUGGGUGAAAAGUCUCGGAUGCAUGUGAGUCUGUGUUGAAAAUGGGUUUGAAGGACCAGGGUUGAAUCGCUCACGGGCCGCUUUUGGUUAAAUCAGACAGUAAGUAGAAAAAUUCAAAUUACAGCCGUUUUUCAAACCCGUGGAGGUGAGUUUAGUUCGCUUGUUUCAAGCUGAUUAGACUCUUAAAAAAGGAUUUAAUACUUAAAGCUAACAUCUUAUUCCUCACACAUUUUAAGCUAACAGUGCUGGGAAAAAAUUGAUCUGUCCCCUUAAGGAUUUAUUCUGUUUCUCUUUUUCCUUUUCAUUGCUCUUAAAUGCUUUUUUUUUCAUCUAAUAAGCUUUGAUAUUGGAGACAAAUAACCUGGAUAAAUACCAAAAAUGAGUAAUGAUUUUUGUUUAUGAAGACAAAAAAAGGCCACCCGGAGCUACCUGGUUGUAUGCUCUAAACCUAAUACCUUGUUGUGUUGUCUUUUGCAUCGCUGUGUAGGGAAUUUGGAGCAUGAAAGGCCUGUUGAAGGUCAUGCUACAGGGUCUUUACUUUGACUAGGCCACUCCAAAACCUUCAUUUUGUUUUUCUUUUUGAGCCAUUCAGUGGUAAACUUGCUGCUGUGCGUUGGAUCAUCGCAUUUUUCAAUUGAAUUUCUAAUGACAAUCUUUUUAAGUAAUGUUGUGUUGGUUUUAAAACAAACCAUUUUAUUUUUCGAACACUAUUUCAUGCCAAUGGAGCUUAAAGGUGCAUUGCGCAAGUUCCAGGAUUUUUGCUGACAUCUGCCCCCUCUGGCGACAUGUUGAAAUGACACCAGUGAAAGAAAGCUAACCGUUAGGAUUUCACCGUUUUUUGUUUUGUUUUUAUUUUUAUUUUUUUAGAGGCAUAAUGACGUAAUGUCAUCUGAGGUAAGAAAGUUAGAAAUAUUGUUUUGUUAUGUAGUUUUAUAUAAAAAUAAUAUUUUAUUUUGAGUGGUAAUGUUUCAUAUUGAGUCAAUAGUAUAUUUUUUAGGGGGAGGGCAUAUAUGGGAAAGAAAAGAAAUAAUAUUUAACUUCAAAACUUGCGCAAUUUGCUCAAUGCACCUUUUAUUUCAAUCACAAUAUUCCGACUGGCGUGUUUACAUGGCGCAUUUUUAUCCCGAUUAGCCCUUUAAUUACGAUUACUUUUGUCCAUGUAAACAUAGCUACUGAUGCUCUCUUGGAGUAAUUUAGGUAGGCUUGCCUACCGUUUCAUGUUUGCUCCAUUUUCUGGAUAAAUGUUCUCACUGUGGUUCUCUGGAACCCAAAAAGCCUUAAAAAUGGCUUUCAGACUGAUAUAUGCCAAUGACUUUUAUUGAUUUCUCUUUUUUAAAUCACAGUAUGCGUUACUUUUUCAGAUCUUUUAACCUUCUUUGUGUGGUCAAAGAGGUUCGGCUUAAGUAACUUGUUCUGCAGGUCUCGCAUUAAUCAGACCUGGAAUGAAGAAACGAAGCAAUUAAUGUGAUUAAUCACAGUUAAUUCAAGAUUAGAGGAGUUAUAUAUUCACAAAGACACAGGUUUGUCUCUUUAUAAAUAAAAUCAUCAUGUAGAAAAAGCUUUUUUUAAUGGCAGUUUUCGAGUCAGUGGCCGAGGACACUUUUACUUUCCAGCUUCCUGUACCAGCUAGCUGUACUGCAAUUCUAACCCUCCCUUAUAAACAGGAACUAAAGAAAUUUAGGUUUGAUUUGCUGUGCUUUGCAUGAUGCUGAGCUUUAUUAAAAUCAGCAAUAAUAUUAAAUAAUUACCAACUAAUCUAUCCAGCAAUUUUUGAGAUUUAGAAAAGGAAAAAGUUGAAAAUAAUAGGAAGUGUACUUUACAAAAAACACAAUGUCACCAAACAUGAGUAAGGUAAACCCAACAUGCCAGAAAUAGAAAAAUUAAAAUGGUUAAACAACAGAUUCUUUAGCUUCAUGUUUUACAAAUACUCCUUUAUAUUUGUAGUUUUUAAGCUUUUUUAUACAUAUUUUAUUUAUUUCAGUCUAAAUGUGGCCUUCAAUAUUCUCUAAGUGGCAGGUUUGGGGGAAAAUUGAUGAAAUCUCUGGUAAGUUUUUACUGUGUGGCUUUUUUUAUUAUUUUGUUCUAAGUUGCAGUCAUUUUUAUUAUCUUAUUUGUCUUAUAAUUUAAAAAAAUGAGCUUUGUCAGGAGGAGCAUUUGGUGGGAAAAUAAGAAAAAAAGACUAAAAAAGCCCUGACGUCACUGUUUACUGGAGUGUUUGUUCAUGUUCUGACUCAUUUUCCUCUGCAGUAAAAAUGUGAAGUGUGUUGGCUUUAUAACAUAGAUAUUGUCUGCCACUGUUAUCAUGGACACAAGGGAGAAGGAGCUUAUUGCAGCCGGGAAUCCUGGGAAAAGCAGGGAUUUGGCCAAACGAGGAUAAAAUAUGCCUGAAAAAAAAAAAAAAAAGAAAAGAAUUGGGUAUGGAGACCCCAGUCGUCACUCUCGGGAACCUUUGGAGACUCAGAACUGGAGUUACGACUUUAUCUCAUCACUUCAUGUUGGCCACAAGUGCAGUAACUAUAUCAUAAAGUAUGUGAAAUAUGUGCAAAAAAUAUGUGAAAAUCUAUUUGUACAGAUACACUGGAAUAACUGUCCUGUUACAUUGCUGUAUUCAGUAUGUAGAAAUUUAUAUGUGAUUGUGUGACCAAGAUUUUCUAUUAUUUAUUGAUUCUUUUUUUAUUAAUUUACUUGUGAUCUGACCAAAAUACACCAUCUGUCUGUUCUGUCCAGAAAUGAUGAUGAUGAUGAUGAUGAUGAUGAUGAUGAUGAUGAUGAUGAUGAUGAUGAUGAUGAUGAUGAUAAUGUGCAAUGUUACAGAGGGAAAGUAUAUGUAUAGGAAUUAAAGAUUAUAUCAUAACAAUCUACCUGAA